CACACAAAGACCACCAAGAAGCGCCCUCAGCAGACAAAUUCAAAUGUAUUUGCUAUGUUUGAUCACUCACAGAUUCAGGAAUUCAAAGAGGCCUUCAAUAUGAUUGGUCAGAACAGAGAUGGUUUUAUUGACAAGGAAGAUUUGCAUGAUAUGCUUGCUUCCUUAGGAAAGAAUCCAACUGAUGAGUACCUAGAUGCCAUGAUGAAUGAAGCUCCAGGUCCUAUAUAUUUUACUAUGUUCCUCACAAUGUUUGGGGAAAAGUUAAAUGGAACAGACCCAGAAGAUGUCAUCAGAAAUGCUUUUGCUUGCUUUGAUGAAGAAACUACAGGCACCAUUCAGGAAGAUUACUUCAGGGAACUGCUGACAACAAUGGGAGAGAGGUUCACAGAUGAAGAAAUAGAUGAGCUGUAUAGAGAAGAACCUAUUGACAAAAAAGGAAAUUUCAAUUAUAUCGAGUUCACAUGCAUUCUUAAACAUGGAGCAAGAGACAAAGAUGACUAA